GUAAAAUUGAGUUGUUUACAAAAUAUCCAUCACUUUCAUCAACAUAUCCGUAAAGUAAGGAUUUACAUUUUCCGCAGGAAAGAACAAAGUUUGAGAGCCAUAUUGCAAAGAAGUUUAUCUUAAUGUGUAACGUUAACUUCAUUGAUUUAGAGAUAUUUAAACCGCAUCACAACCAAAGCAUCGUUAUCGCGUCGUAGUGCGUAUAAAUACACAGUGAAGUGACAAUCAAUGUACUUCUGCCAAUUCUGCAGAUUGACUUGCACAACGAAAGAGAACGGUCAAGGAAAGCGUUGAACGUACCGUGUUUUCAGAAGUGUUGAACCAUAUUGUACAAUUUUCGGAACUUAUUGGACAAACUUUAAGUGAAAUAUACUUGAAAACGGGACUGUCAAGAUGGAAUGUAUGAACCGUUUUCAAGUUUUGUGCUAUGAACAAGUUGACCGGCUGAAUAAAGUGAUGGAAGAUGUUAUUCCAAUACAUGGCCGCGGGAAUUUUCCCACACUGGAUGUCAAGCUCAAGGAUUUAGUGCAGGUUGUUAGAGACAAACUGAAGGCAGAAGGGGUAUGUGUUCGAGAUAUUCGCUUGAAUGGGGGUGCUGCUAGCUAUAUUUUCGGAACGGACUCCGUCCGUUCGUACAAUGAUGUAGAUUUGAUAUUCGGUGUUGAUCUGUCCCGUGGUUCAAAUCAUACUGAGCUCCAGAAAAUCAAGAACUGUGUUCUUGGAUGCCUUGUUGACUUUCUCCCAGAUGGAGUGAACAAAGAGAAAAUGAGCAGCUGCAGUUUAAAGGAAGCAUAUGUUCAGAAAAUGGUGAAAGUUUGCAAUGAGCAUGGCGACAAAUGGAGCUUGAUCUCUCUUUCGAACAACAAGGGAAAGAACGUGGAAUUAAAGUUUGUGGAUAAAAUGAAAAGACAGUUUGAAUUCAGUGUUGAUUCUUUCCAGAUUAUUUUGGAUAGCUUGCUUACUUUCUACGAAAUUUCUUCAGCUCCCAUGAGUGAACGCUUUUAUCCCACAGUUGUCGCAGAGAGCAUGUAUGGAGAUUUCUUGGAGGCAUGGCACCAUUUGGACAACAAGUUGAUCGCAACCAGAAAUCCGGAAGAAAUCCGCGGAGGUGGUCUGUUGAAGUAUUGUUUUCUUCUGACUAGAGCUUACAAUCCUGCAGAAAAAGUGGACAUUCGUGCAAUGGAAAGAUACAUGUGUUCAAGGUUCUUCAUCGACUUCAGUGAUAUAAAUCAGCAACGCCAAAAGCUGGAAUCGUACCUGAGCAAUCAUUUCAGUGAUGAGGAGGACUUGAAACACGAGUAUUUGAUGACACUAUAUCGUGUGGUGGAUGAAAGCACUAUCUGCCUGAUGGGACAUGAGAGAAGACAAACUCUUAACCUUAUUCACCAGUUAGCUUGCCAGGUCUAUAUGGAACAAGAGCGCAGGGCCCAAAGCAAAGUGCUGGAGAUGCAGCAAUUUGACCAAUUGAACAAUCUGACCAUAGACCAAGUGUUUUUCCAUGGUCCCUUCUCCGUCUCCAAUGGCACACAGUAUUACAACAUUAUGCCCAAUGUGUUUCAGAUGAAUCAGAUGAAUGCCCCUUGUCCCCAUUGCCCACCCCCGCCAUUUCUUCAGUGCUCCUAAUCAAAUAGACGAAAGAAAGCUUAACAAAAAAUUCAUAAAUAAUAAACGUGUGCAAGAUGAAAGUGCUUUUAUGUGAAACUAUCCAUCUUUGGAAAAGGGGAAAAAAAACUAUAUUUGUUUAUUAAGGAGCCUUGAAAAAGUUAAAAAAAAAUUCUGUGAUCCUGAAAGUCUUUGGUUUUUUGUAUCAGGGAUGUAUUUUUCCAAUGAUCUUCAAAUGAUUGUGCAAAUCGUACCCAUUGUAUGAGCUUGAUAAGGAUUAAAUCUCAUAUCUUUUAUUUCUUGGUUGAUCCUCUGCACCACAUUUAGUUUUCAUAUCUGGUAAACUCUUGUGAGUUUAUCUGAUCAUGGCGCAUUAUAAAGUGACUAUGGAGAGUUGUAUUAAAUGGAGCAUUGAAUCGAUAUGUAUGUUAUGAAUGUGUUCACUCUUUUAAAUGAAAUCCGGGGUUAGAUAUUGAUCCCUGCAGUAUGGUUGGAGUGAACAAUUCGAUAUGUUUUUUUUUUUCUUUUGGUGUCAUUCUUCACGGUAAUUGAUCAAUUUUUUAUAAGGCAUGGUCGUUUGUGCUUCACUUAAAUUAAAACAAAUGUAUAUAUAUAUAUAUAUAAAAAUAUAUUUUCAACAAAAAUUUUUAUUUUAAAGAGCAUGAGAAAAAGUUUGUAUCAAUGUAAAUGAUAAUUAUGAUACAUCAGUGUGUGUUAAGUGAGCAUUGUCACCAUGUUCAGAGAUGGAGAUUUUUUUUUCUUCAGUGGUUCUUUCAUUAAUUAUUUGGUAUGACUGUAUGAUGUAGUUGAUCCUACAGAGUUUGUAUAGAGAUCAUCAGUGUGCCAAGAGACAGCAUGUAAAGUGUGUGUGUGCACUGCACACUGGGAAAAAUAACAGAAAUAGGCAGCAAACAAUUUCCAAAGCGUACAUGUAGCAAUGAUACAUCUAUGUCACCUUGUAAAAACAGUUCAUCAGUUACCAAACAUUGCCAAACGUGAUUUCAGUUAGCUCUCUGUUGUCAACAUCAGGUUUUAUUUGUGUCAUAUCAUCGAGUUUUUGUGUAGCGGUAGCCAACUAAUUUACCGUCUAUAGUAAAGAAUAAAACGGCAAAAGUGGUGCGCUUUUUUUUCUUUUGUUGCACUGGUUUUGAUAUCAGACAGCUGUGAUGUAGACCUGAUGAAGUAGAUACUUGUAUGUUACCAUCAGGUUUUCUUUUUCUCAUUGUGAUUAAUAUCGCUACUUUUUGAGAGAAAAAAUUGCAAUUUUGUUGUACGGUAUACUUCUUGUUAUUGUUGAAUAUUCAUAAACAUGACAUAUUUUGUUACAUGUUCUUCUUUUAUAUAUAUAUAUUGAUAUUGACAAUGUACAUAUGUUUAAGAUUGAAAUCUUGUAAAGAGAAAAAGCUGAACCAUGGGACCAGACCUAAAGUGUUCAGAAGUUUGGAUUAUCAUUCUAGGGUACAAAUCGCGCAAGGGCAUUACGCUCAUGGACUGGUUCAUUUGAUAACGUUCCAAUAUAUCUGUUACCUGAUUUUAAACUUUUAAGCUGAAAAUGUAUACAAGUGCAUGUAUUAGGCCUUCUGUCCACUCGAUAAUAGUUGACCAUAAGUCCUUUGUGAGCUUCAAUUCCUUCAAUCGGGUAUGUUAUGGGAAGAGAGGAUCAGGUCUGGGACUGUUUAAGUAAUACUGGUCAUAUUAGAGUUUAAAUGUUUUGCAUUACGGGAAUAGUUCUGUGGGCAUCAAAUUACAACAAGUCUUACCAAAGAUGUUUAUUGUUUGUCAAUUUUAUGUUCCUAGAUAGAAAUUAAACAUCAAAAUAUUACAUUUGCCUCAUUCGCAGUUGAUGCUUGAUUAAAACAAGGGAAAAACAUUCGUCUCCUCUGAAAUGUAGAGUGGGAUUUUCACAGUUAAUUUAUGUUAUAUAUGUACAUGUACCAAUCUGUCGUCAUUUUAUUAAUUUUCCUCAUUUUGUUGUUACUAAAGAUUUAAAAUAAUGAAAUGCCUGCAUAAUUUAUAAAAUUAGGAUGUACAACUGUCAUAAUUUGUUACCGUAUUUAUUCUAAAGGAAAUAGGCAUGAAAAUGGUUGACAGUUGUUGACCUACAUUUCUUUAGGGAUUCUUUCAUCACUUCAUCUGGCCUUAAUACCAUGUAUUUUUCUUUUUAAUUUUUUUUUUCUAGAAAAUUAGAUCAAAUUUUAUAAAACUUGUGAAAUUCAUUUAUUUAAUGAAAAGAAAUGAUGUGUAAAUGUACGCUAUAAAUUAUUUUAAAACAAAUGUUAAAAAAAUCGGUGGAGAAGCCGAGAGUUAGUCCCAUAUACAUUUGUAUUGUCUUAUGAUGAUUUUUUGUGAAGACUGUGUAUUGCAAGCUAUUGUCGGGGAAAGAAAGCCAUAAAUUGUGGCCUUUUAUUUCUGUAGGGACGGUUUGACAGUACUAACACUUCAGCAGGCCUCUAGUACAUCCAUCACCCCUGACAGUAUGUGCCCCUGGGGCACCUGCUUUAGACCUGUUAUAAGCUCUGCUCUUGUACGUUAUUCAACCCUAGUGUAAUCCCUUCUCACUGAAGGAAUGCAGAAGUACCACUAAGUCUAACUGUCAUUAACAGGGCCAAAAAUUACCGAUUAUUUCAUCUCAUGCAAGAGAUCCAUGUCAAUAUUAGGCUUUUAUGUAGGGGAAUGAAGAGAAAAGGGGAGGGGUGUUUUAGAGAACAAUGAAAAGAAUUUCCUUUUAUUUAGGUCACUUCUGAUUAGCAGUUGAUCCAUCGACCUGUUUGUUUAAUCAUGGGCAACUUUCCAACCUUCAACGAUUAGCUCUUGGUUUAUAUUUAGAUGGCAACUUUUACGGAAAAUGAAAUGGUGAUAAUGAAUAUUUUGAUCUUGUUUGCAGUUGUAACUCUUUAUUGUUUGACAAGAUUACAGAGACCUUUGUUUGCUCAUGGUUCUUUGAGGGUUGUUUUUCUGUCUCAGUUAUCACCGCUCUGUAUUCUAGUCGGUUUUUUUUUUCUUUAGGAAUGUUGUUAAAAAACCAAAGUUUUCACUCAGAAUGAAAUGUCCAGAGUAUGUACUUUUGUACACAGAUGAACUGAAAGCUUCACGCCUGGGGAAAACUUUCCUCAUGAAUCCAUUAAGUUUUGAUUUUUGAAUUUGUUAUAUUUUAGGGUAUUCAAAAAAUGUAGAUAGUCUGAAUUUUAAGGAAAUUUAAAAUGCUAAGAUUCGGUGGAAAACUUCUUGGGGCUUGAAGCCAGUAGAUGAUAAUUCAUAUUAUUUUGUUAUCUCACCCAAUUAUUGGUUGCUACAAACUAUGUGCUUGUUUGUUUCUAGAUCUAUGUAUACAAUAUCACCAUGCAUUAUAUGUAUACACACACGUUUAUGUAUAUGCAUAUAUAUCUAUAUAUAUUAUUUACCUGUUAUCGACACUGAGUGUCAAUAUGUAUCAUAUUAUCAUGGCUUCUGACACUGGAAAUAAAUUGUAAUUUUUGGCAAAUUCCAGUUAAACAAAUAAAAUAUUUUUGAAACUAC